AAGACAUUUGCUCUGCGCUGAUGGCCCUUGACCCACACUCAGCCAUGGGCCCUGACAGACUGAAUCCCUUGGUACUUAGGCGUUGUGCUGCAGAACUGGCUCGUCCCUUACUCAUGAUUUUUUCCAGAUCUCUCCAGGAAGGCCAACUGCCUGUCCUAUGGAAGCUGUCCCAUGUUAUACCGAUAUUCAAAAAAGGCCGACGAUAUGAUCCACUUAAUUACAGGCCCAUCAGUUUAACUUCUGUGGUGUGCAAGAGCAUGGAACGAAUUAUUUGUGCCAAACUUCGUGACUACUUGGAAUCAAAUGACUUACUGACACCAAAUCAGUUUGGUUUCAGGGCAGGCAGGUCAACUAUUGAUCAGCUGUUACUUGUGUAUAACGCCGUUUCGAGAGCAGCUGACAUGGGUGGAGUCACAGAUGUAAUAUUCUUCGAUUUCAGCAAGGCGUUUGAUGUGGUCUGUCACGAUUUGAUGAUUGCUAAGCUGAGGUCUCUGGGUAUCCAUGGCCGUUUGCUUGAUUGGCUUUCCUCAUUCCUAUAUGGCAGGGAGAUGCAGGUUUGUGUUAAGGACUGUAGGAGCCGGCCAAGGAAUGUCCUUAGUGGUGUCCCACAGGGUAGUGUCCUUGGACCACUUCUGUUCCUAGUAUAUGUGAACAGCAUAGCCUCACAGUUAACAAGCAGUUAUAAAAUUUUCGCCGAUGAUCUUAAAAUGUAUGCCUGUGUGUCUCAUGCUCCCGCUCUAUCAACACUGUCUCAUUAUCAACAUGUGCAGAAAGACAUCGACCUCUUACACACCACAGCAGCAUCAUGGGGUCUUAGAAUGAACUCCGAUAAAUGUGUCGUGCUAAGAUUUGCCAACUCUAGAUCAAAGCUAGUCUCUCCAGAGUACUUCCUUGACGGCCAACAGAUCCCUUCUGCUGAGAGCCAUCUGGACUUGGGCGUUACCGUUGACUGCCAAUUAAAGUUUCACGAGCACAUCAGGGGUGUGGUUCGUAAGGCUAGUGGUUUGGCACAGAAUCUGUUAAAGUCGACUGUCUGCCGAUCGCGUGAAUUCAUGUUGUUUCUAUUGCUUACUCAUAUUCGUCCAAUGCUUGAAUAUUGCUCUUGUGUCUGGUACACUGGCUACAUAGAGGAUAUGCGACUCUUGGAGAGGGUUCAGCGACGUUGGACCAAGCGAAUCGAUGGGCUAGCCUCAUUGAGCUACGCUGAUCGCUUGCAGGAGCUGAACUUGUAUUCGGUUCAGGGUCGAUUGACACGCGCUGAUCUCAUUCAGUGUUGGAAAAUCUUCAAUAGGAAGUCUUGCAUUGCUCCUGAUGAACUGUUUAGCCUGUGUCCCCAAACUCGCACCAGAGGUCACUGUCACAAGAUCUUUCCCUUGCACUCACGCACAGAUGUUAGGAAGCGUUUUUUCACUGUGAGGUGUAUGCGUCUUUGGAAUGCCCUACCCGCAGAGGCGGUAUGUGCCCCAAACCUAUCUAGGUUCAAGGAGGUCCUGCAUGACACUUUGCAUGGGAGUUUGUUCGCCUAUGUCUAACGUUGCUUGAACAACUGUACAAAACUUUAGCGCGCUGCAUAUUCUGCCGGCCUCUCUGCACUGUAUUCAUUUUCUUUUUCUUUUUUGUCUCUGUGAAAAACCACAGUGUGUUUGUACAUGCAUACACGCCGGACUCAACGGAAGACGCUAAAUUCCAGCUUUCUGCGCUCGCCAACCACAAGUGAAGAUCUCCCCCGGCUGGCGCGUCUAGGAUUCAGGGUUCCUGUCUGUCCUACUCUUUCCUUCCAUCUACAUUUCUUGACACUGGGAACCCAACCAGGUGAGUCAACCAGGGAGUCAUGUCUGGCGGAGGGUUAGAAGAGAUUGGUAUUCCCGGAAAGGAAUACCUCCGGAAGGCGCUCACAAGCUGUUCAGAUCCGCUAAAAGCCAUCAGUGACUUUCAGGCAGAGAAUGGCAUUCUUCUUCCAUCGUUGAGACCUAUGCUCCCUCUGCUGGAUCUCCAUGGCGUCAAACGGUUCGAAUUUCACACGUCUGUGAUGGAGAGCCUUUGCGAUAAGCUGAUCCAGCAGAUAAACGACAUCGGUAAGCUGGAGGGUCGCGAGCGGGACAGGAAGCUGCGCGACCUGUUGCACAAGUCGUUCCCGGUGAUUCGUUUCAAGACGCUGCGUCCGAUCGUCAUGGCCAUCCUGAAACACACGCGGGAGGUGGAUCACAAGUUCCUGAAAGUGCUGGUACGUGACAAGGAGCUCUACAACGACCUGGACACGGAGGUGAAGCGUCAGAUCUGGACCGACCACCAGACCCUGUUCGGUGACGAGGUUUCCCCGCUGUUCAUCCGCUACGUACAGCAGAAGGAGGCGGCGCUGCUUACUCACACCAACCUGAACAACUUCUUCGACCUCACGCCGAAGGUCCGCAGACAGGGCGAGAUCAUCCAGAAGAUCGUGCAUAUGAUCGGACAUAGCGUCAAAUUGUAUGACAUGGUGCUCCAGUUUCUACGCACGCUGUUUGUCAAGACGAGGAACGUGCACUACUGCACGCUGCGCGCGGAGCUCCUGAUGGCCCUGCAUGACCUCGAAAUUCAGGAGAUCGUUGACCUGGACCCGUGCCACAAGUUCACCUGGUGUCUGGACGCCUGUAUUCGUGAGCGGAGCGUCGACACCAAGCGAGGCAGGGAACUGCAGGGGUUCCUGGACAGCAUCAAAAAGGGAAACGAACAGAUUCUCAGCGACCUGUCGAUGAUCCUGUGCGACCCGUUCGCUGUCAACUUCCUGGCCACGUCGGCGCUGAAGAUCCUGACGCAGCUUAUCAACAGCGAGGGCAUGCCGCGCGACCACGCCGUGCUGCUGCUGCUACUGCGGAUGCUGGAGCUGGGCCUGCACGCCUGGGACAUGAUCGAUAGACAGGAGUUCCGUGAGCCACGGCUAGACCCGCAGGUGGUUACCAAGUUCGUACCCUCGCUAGUCUCCCUGAUUGUGGACGACCAGGUGCGGGCGCUCAACCAGCGCCUACCGCCCGACGAGCGCGCCUCGGCCAUCACCAUCAUCGAACACUCUGGUCCGCCGCCGGACGCCUACCAGGCGUACAUCACCGAAUCGAGCGUAGCCUGCCUGCUGGCCGUCUACUACACGCUGCAGACGGCCAGGAGCCGCGACCGGGUGGGCCUGAUGCGGGUACUCGGCUGUCUCUCGGCCAGCGAGGGAGAUCGCGCCUUCGAGGACACGUUCCUUCACUCGCUGGUGACGCUUCUGAUCGGUAUGAGUGACGAGCUGGCCACGGAGGACUUUUGCACGGUCAUCUUCGACGAGUUCUUUUUCACGGCGCUCUCCAAGGAGAACGUGGUGCAGCAGCUGGGGAAGCUGCUGUGGCACACGCACGCCAAGCUGCCGACGGCGCGGCGUGACACCCUGAUGCAGGCGCUCCACCACCAGCCCAACCUCAGGCCGCUGCUGGAGCAGCUGAGGGAGAAGAUGGAGCGCGACGAGGGAGACGUGGAGAUGCCGCCGCCGGCGCCGCCCGUCGACUCCCCGCUCAUGUCGGUGCCGACACCGGCGCCUCACCGCGGCGACUACCCGUGAUCGGCGCCACACAGCGGUGACUACCCGUGACCGUGACGGGCCGUGAGUCGUGAGGGCCACCGUCACUCACAGAUGGCGGCACCGCUCCGUGCUGUCUCUACACCGGUAAGCGGUGAGUUCCACCUCGGACGAUUGAGGACACGUCGGACCCAGGCCUGUGCUAAUAUGGCGGCUGAAUACCACCGGAUCUCAGUGACCGCGAGUGUUAACUGGUGCGGAAUCUCACCGACUGCAGCUCCGAAACGGUCGCUCGGUCAGGGGGGUUGAGAGGUUCCAGACACGGUCCAGGGCGCGGUAGCCCGGAGAAAACUGUCUGGGUGACCUGGAAACCGACCGGUGGUGUAUAGGACACGCAGCGGAAGCGCUCGGGAACCGAGAGACUGAAGGAUGGAAGUCGCCAGUCGCCAGUCAGUGCGAAUGCGGUUCCGUCUUGACCAUCGUUGUAGGACACCAAACAGCGAAGCUGGUGUGCAGUGUUUUGUUUUGUAUGACUUGAUUUUAUCAUUAGUGUAUCGCGUCGGUGACGGAAUGCUGGUAUAUUCAUGUAUAUCGAUGAAGAAAAUACGAAUUGAAUGUGCUAUAAUCGAUCAAUGACGGAUGCUUCCUGAGUUUGCCGUUUUGUCCAUCGUCAUGCAUCGUACCUGUUUUGUAAAUAAAGUAAGUAUAAAAGAACUCUG